UCGAUCGAAAGACGUGGCCAACAAGCUUGUCAUCUUUCUUUCAAUUUCCCCCUUCUAUUUUCAAUAUUGAUGACGCAACGCACGCGACAUUGUUUUAAUUUUUGCCCAUCAAUCCCCGGAUAUAAUUUGGGCAUCAAAAGGCAUACUUUCUUGUAGUCCCUACCGUUCAUCAGCCUAAUUUCAUACACUGUAACUUCUUCCAUGGCCUUGCAACCAGCUCUUCCAUGGGUUUAUGAUGUGUUCUUGAGUUUUAGAGGUGAAGAUAUUCGACAAAACUUUAUUUCUCACCUAUAUGAUGCUUUGCGUAAAAGGGGAAUCAAUACUUACAUUGAUGAGCGCCUUGAAAGAGGAAAGAAAAUUUCACCCGCACUUCUCAAAACUAUUGAGGAGUCAAGAAUUUCGAUUAUCGUUCUUUCUAAAAACUAUGCAUCAUCCAUGUGGUGUUUGGAGGAGUUGAUGAAGAUUCUCGAGUGCAGAGAAAUGAAACAACAAAUAGUUCUACCGGUGUUUUACAAAGUGUGUCCAUCGAUAGUGCGGAGACAAAAGAAAAAUUAUGGAGAGGCAUUGGCCAACUACAAAGACAAGUUAAAUGAUGAUACGAAGGUGGAUGGCUGGAAGGCUGCGCUAAAGGAAGUGGCCGAUUUGUCUGGGUUCCAUUUCAAGAAGGAUGGGAAUGAAUCUGAAUUUAUCCAUAGCAUCAUUCAAUGGGUGGACUCAAACAUAAUAAAUCAAACACGCUUUGAGGUUGCCAGUCAUCCAGUUGGAGUGGCAUCUCGUGUGCAGCGUGUAUAUUCCCUUUUAAGCAUCGGAGAGAAUGAUAUUGUACAUAUGGUAGGAAUCUUUGGAGUUGGUGGAAUUGGAAAGACAACUAUUACCAAAGAGGUAUAUAAUAUAACUUCUUCUAAAUUUGAAGGCAGUUGUUUCUUGAAAAACAUUAGAGAAAUUUCAAAGAGCAAGUAUGGUCUAGUCCAAUUGCAAGAGACUCUUCUUUCUGAUAUCCUAGGAGCAUCUUCAGUUUGUAAUAUUGGCCACAUAGAUAGAGGAAUCAAUGUGAUAAAGAAAAAAUUUUGUUAUAAAAGAGUUCUUCUAAUUCUUGAUGAUGUGGAUGAUUGGGAACAAUUGAAAGCUUUGGCCGGAAAUCGUUAUUGGUUUGGUUUAGGAAGUAGAAUCAUAAUAACAACAAGGGAUAAAAAUCUACUGAGUAACUAUGAAGUUGAUGCAACAUAUGAAGUGGAGGCAUUGAACCAUUAUGAAGCUCUAGAGCUAUUUAGUUUGUGUGCCUUUAAAAGAAAGAAACCACUUGAAAACUACGUGGAACUUACACAACGUAUAAUACGUUAUGCUGGAGGCCUUCCUCUAGCUUUGGAAGUGCUUGGUUUGGAUCUACGUGGUAGAAGUAUACAUGAAUGGGAAAGUGCUUUGGAAGAGUACAAAAGAAUUCCUCACGAGAAGAUUCAAAAAAUACUUAGAAUGAGCUAUGAUGGUUUGCGUGAAAGUGAGAAGAAGAUUUUUCUUGACAUUGCAUGUUUCUUUAAGGGAGAGAAUGUAGAUUAUGUUGUGAAAAUAUUAGAUAGUUGUGGUUUAAGUCCAAAUAUUGGAAUAAAAAAACUGAUGGAUAAGUGUCUCAUUACCAUUGAUGAUUGUAAUAAAUUUGAGAUGCAUGAAUUGCUACAAGAUAUGGGUAGAGAAAUUGUUCGAGAAGAAUCACCAAAAGAACCCGGUGGACGCAGUAGAUUGUGGUAUCAUGAAGAUAUUCGCCAUGUACUUGAAGAAAAUAUGGGAACAAACCAAAUUGAAGGCAUACUGAUAGAUUUACCUAAAGAAGACUUGAUAUGCUUGAGUUCGGAGGCAUUCAUGAAGAUGAAAAACUUGAGAUAUUUCAUAAAUCGUAAUGCACGCUUCUCUGGAAGUCCUAAUUAUCUUUCUAACGAGUUAAGAGUGCUUAAUUGGGUGGAAUAUCCUUCACAAUCGUUGCCAUAUAAUUUCCAUGGAAGGAAGCUAGUUGAUCUUAGAAUAAGUGAUAGCCUCUUCAAGGAAUUGGGAGUAGGAUUCCAGAAUUUCCAGAACUUGGCCAGGAUGGACUUCUCACGUUGUGAAUUUCUGACAAAAAUCCCCGAUCUUUCUCGGAUUCCAAAUUUAGAGUGGCUAGAUGUUGCUGAUUGUACAAACUUAGUUGAGGUUCAUGCUUCUGUUGGAUCCCUUGAUAAGCUUGAGCAUCUCUCAUUUGCCCGUUGCACUAAGCUUACCAGUUUGCCAACAAAGCUCAAGUUCAGGAAUACUUCAGAAACCAUUCAGGCAGCAUUAUAUUUCCGGGGAAUAGGAUUCCAGAAUGGUUUAGCCAUACGAAGCAAAAUUCCAAAAAUUGGAUUCCAGACCGAUUCGACGAUCUUGAGCCGUCUUCAGCAAAUAUGAAUCUAGAUCGGUUUCGCGAGUUUAGGCGGACUCGAAAUAAGAGUUCCUGUCUAAUAAGAAUAAAUGGGCUGAAAAGUUUGGAAAAUAUAAGAGGAGUUGCUAUAUGUGUCGUUCUCGAACCCAUUCCGAAGAUCUACCCCCAAAAAGGUACUACUCUUUUGGUCUCGACCAGAAGGGAUGUUUUCCCUUAUAUUGAGUUUUUGUCGGGACAUCAUGUUGAUUUAAGGGGUUCAAAUUCUCAUGUAUGGCUAAAUUACACCAUUUUAGAUGAUCAUAUGAACCCAUUAAAUCUAGAAUUUGGAGUUUGUAGUUUAUCCGAACCAGUGUUCUUCAAAAGCUGUGGAGUCCAUCUGAUAUUUAAGAAUGAAAAGGAAGGGGAAGAUCAUUCAGGUUUUCUGCAUUUAAUGGAUGGUAGUGGAGGUUCGAAGAGGAGGCGUGCCGAUGAUGACAGCUACUUGGAAUCCACUUCAUGCCCACAAUCGAACAAGGGUUCCUCAACCUUGGCCAUCAAUUUUGAAUUUCGAGGAUACUCUGAACAGUUUGGAGGAGGAACUUCCAAAUAAUUUGCAUCUUGAAUUGUCCCUGAAAAUUGCGGAUCAGGUUUUCUUGUUUAGGAACUGUUCAUCGCAAUUUGGUGUUUUGGUGUGAAUGACAGACGACGUUCCAUGUGCGAAGGGCAAGAAAGCGGCGCUUAGCAUUGCAAACCCAUUUUCCCUACAGUUUGGUGUAGGGCAAGACAACCACCUGUUUGAGAUAUGAUCAUCACGUUGAGUUAUUUGAGGAGAGUGUCUCCAUCUCUCUCUCUCCUAGGAGAACAUUUGGUUAGAGAAGCUGGGGUACAGAUUUAUAGAGUCGUCUGAAAUAGGUGAAUUUCAAAAUGGGAAGAAUUUAAGGUUUCAGCUUGAACAUAAUUCCAAUUUCAGUGUAAUCGUGAUCCGUGUACAUUUUUUUUUUUUUUCCAAUUUCCUACACCGUGACCCACAUGUAAAUUUUUUCGGUCUUCCUUAUCUAUCGCCAUAAACCACGUGAAUCUUUUCUUCUCCUCUGUUUUUCUAUGCCGACAGCUCUCACCAACUCUGCCUCUCUCGCCCAAUAUUUUUUCUCCCGCAUAUAGAAGAGCUGCAACUUGAGCGUUCUGUGAACCAUCUUCUCCGCAUAACUGCCGUCAGCCAUUUCCCCACUAACCACCGAGAUCAUGUUAGGACCCUGUGGGUUAUGCUACUGUAAAUUGGAAUGUAAUAAGGGAUAUGGGUAAUGGAAGCUAAUCCACUACAACAUAUUAUGGUUUUUGUGCCUAAUUUCUUUCCCGCGUUCUAUGCCUUUGACGCAAGAAUCAUGUGCAAUCUAGUGUCUUACGGCGAGCAAUAUAAUGAAGCUAUAGGUGAUAUUUUGCGGCGACAAUAAUUUCGCCGCUGGAAAAUUGACCACGAAAUGCAUUUUAAAUUUUUAAGGCAAGUCUUGAGCUUAUUACCGCGACAUUAAUGCGACGCAACAAAUAUUUGCUUCAGUGUUAUCUGUUGCAGCAGAUGUUCUCGCCGUAAAAACAUGGGAAUUAUUUAAUCCCCUGUUUUCCCUCUCUCUCAGCCCAAUGCCCAACACAUCUGCAGCUGAAAAACACAAAGCCCCUGACGCCGCCUCUUCCCAGGCCGCUGCGUCACCGCCUCACCCAGUAGCACAGAUCAAACAACAUUGGGAAAUUGGGAGAUUCACCUUUAACUCUGGCUAAGAAUUUCUACGAUCCAUAAUCCCGCUGCCGCAACAAUAAGGAAAAAGUGGACAGGGCAAGAUGAGAGCUGAUGGGUGAAACUACGUACGAUAGAUGGCAAACAUCUGGUUCUGGGGAAAAGGGAUACCGAUGGUUCCAUGACAGAAAGCACUCAAAUGUUGUCUGCUAGGGUACACUGUUUGCAUAUUUAUACAUAUUAUAGUUGACUUGUAUUAAAUGUCCAAAAACUAUUGCCUCAUAUGUGCCUGAAUAGUAAGAAGUUGCUAAUUUGGGUAUAGAUGAUGUUUCCUUCCUGCUA